CAGUAAUGUAACGACACUCGUCUUUAGGUUUUUGACAGUUCGUCACUGUUUCUACGUCUAGUUGGUUGGAAUGGAGGCGGAGUCAACGGGAUCCGUUCUCCCUACCUGCUGCGUGCUCCCGACUCAGAGGAAACUAUUUCUGUCGGGAAUAUCUAUCUUGUCAGUGAUGGAGCGCUGGCGGGGCAGAGUGGCUCUGGUGACCGGAGCCUCGGUCGGGAUUGGGGCGGCUGUAGCCGUGGAGCUGGUCCGGCUCGGUAUGAAAGUGGUGGGCUGCGCCAGGGACGUGGGGAAAAUACAGAAACUGGCAGCAGAGUGUCAGAGCGCCGGCCACCCUGGUGUUUUGGUGCCUUUCAAGUGUGACUUGAGCAAAGAGGAGGAGAUUCUGUCCAUGUUCGCCGCAAUCAAGGAGCAGCACAAAGGCGUGGAUGUGUGCAUCAACAAUGCUGGCUUGGCUCAUCUAGAGGCACUGCUAAAUGGCAAAACCAGUGCCUGGAAAAACAUGUGGGAUGUGAAUGUUCUUGCACUGUGUAUCUGUGCACGUGAAGCUUAUCAGUCAAUGAAAGAGAGAAAUGUGGACGAUGGGCACAUCAUAAACAUAAACAGUGUGUGCGGUCAUCAAGUGCUUCCUAAUGCUGACACACAUUUCUACACCGCCACCAAGUAUGCUGUAACUGCCCUGACUGAGGGCCUGAGGCAGGAGCUGCGUGCAGAAAACACUCAUAUCCGGGCCACAAGCAUUUCUCCUGGCUUUGUGGAGACAGAAUUUGCAUCACGCCUCUACAGAGAUAAUUAUGAUAAAGCAGCUGCUUUAUACACUAUAUAUAAGCCCCUGGAAGCAAAAGACAUUGUCAGUGCCAUCACAUAUGUGCUCAGUGCCCCUCCUCAUGUUCAGAUUGGGGAGAUUUUGCUUGAAGGUCUGUAGCAGGUGUCAUGCAACUUGGCCGUGAGACCCAUCCCAAUCUUUACAUCAAAGUAGUGUGACUGGCUCUCCUUACUUCUCAACACUUCAGAUUGUAAUCAGUUCAUAGAAGGAUAAAAUAAAGGAAACUCAUCCAGCUGUU